AGAAAUGGGUAGCUCCGCCUCUGAGUAAAGUGCAGGACUGAAUUCUUAGAAUCGACGCAUCUACCUUCUCUUGUGUUUCUUCUCUUAGUCCGGAAUCUUCUUCUCCGAAAUUCAAUCAUGUCGGUAGAAAUGAGCCAACCUGGCAAAAUUACGAGGCCACAGUUCUUCAUACUUUUGUGCCCUGUUUCUUUGCAAAAGCUGACAAUUCCUCAUGAUUUCAUGAAGUACAUUGAAACGAACAGGACACUUAGAAAGGCCAUCUUGUUAAGUCCCCUCGUCAAGUUUUGGCAUGUCGUCGUCGAGCGACACGAUAAAUCCAGCACCAUGUCUUUUGGUCGAGGAUGGUCCAAGUUCGUUGAGGAACACAAUCUGCAAGAGGGUAACAUGGUCACAUUUAGGUAUGAAGGAAAUAUGUUGUUCGCCGUCAAGAUAUUCCUCGAAAACGGCUGUCGUCGGUACACUAACACUGCUAGUGUCCCUAAGCGUGCUCUGUACGAGCAAACAUCGGCAUCUUCGUCUUCGUGUGUUCCGAGUGAUGAUUCCGCGAAUUCUGAGGAAUCAAUGACCGGAGCAAAUACGAGGAAGAGAACGCUCGAGACAGAAGCACAAGAUGAAUUGCCAAAUACAAGAGAAUACAGCCAGGCGAGCGAGUCAAUUCUCAAGUGGGAAGUGGUAGUUACAUCUCGUCUCCUUUCGUCAGGAAGGAUUAAUAUCCCGAAAAGAUUAAUGUGUUUGGAUCAGUUCUCGAGGGAGAAAGGUGAGGUUAUCGUGACUGACCGUAGAGGAAGAAAAUGGCCGAUCCGGCUCACCCACAGGACUGAGAGUGGGUUAGGGAGAGGAUGGCGUUUGCUGGCUCAGGAGAACAACGUAGAAGAAGGUGAUGUCUGCAUCUUUGAGUUUGUCUCUGAUAAAUUAAUCCGAGUCCAGGUCGAGAAAAAACGCUAGCAUGUGAUGCGUGACGAAUUAGUUGGUGAACUUUUGUUGUGUAUAUGCCGCCUUGUACUUUGGCUUGUCCCAUGCCACACUUCUGCUUUGAAGCCACUGGUCGAUGAACUUUUGUUGUUUGCAAAUUUUAAGAGCUAGUUUGGUAGAUGUACAGUAUAUCCUAAAGAAAAUAUCAUUUGCUUA